AUGGCGCAGGCUCAGUAUUUGCAGGAUGGUAGCACUUCUGACUCCAGGAGAGUGACUGCUGUUGGAGGAAAAACUACAGACCAUGGAGUGAAUUUCACUACCACUGCGUAUGUUUCAAGAGGCGUCCUGUCCCUCAGGAGGGGCAAUAUGUUUGGCCAGACUCCAGUUAAGAGAAUAAUUCCGCAGACUUCUCAUCUGGAAGAAAAUGCUGAUCCUCAGGUAGCCUCGCUUCUUGGUAAGCAGUGGAUCUUGUACAGUGUCACUCCUCUUUACAAGUUCUCUUACGGAAAGCUGAAGGAAUAUUCUAGACAGCUCAGCCUCUUUAUUGCUGCUGAAAGGCAAAAGCGGCUUGCUGCAGAAGAAGAUCCUGACCUUCCAUUCACAGUGAAGUUCUCCUUACUCCCGGCAUUGAAAGCCACAGAACAGGAACAAUUAGCAGUCCUCAUUCAGAUCACACAGUGGACGCGGGUGGCGGCCGGAAAUGCUGGAGAGAAAAUAGUGUGGAUGGGCUGGUUCUGUUGUACUGCUGGAGAUGAUAUUUUUGAGGCGGUCGUGGAGGAUUUCACUUGCUUGCCUCUUUUCCUUGCAAAUGGGGCAAAGGGCCUUUUUGACCUUGUCGAAGCCUGGCUGCAGGAGACCUUUGACUGUUGCUUAAGUCCCCUGCCUAUCAGCCCCAUCAAUCUUGCCUGGAUGGCUGCAAUGUGGUCUGGUUGCAACACGGGCAGCCAUAAGGCUGCAACAGAACUGACUUUCUCCGUACCUUGCGCUGCCUACCCGCUGGAUAUUUCCUAUGCCAUCCAUCCAGAAGAUAUAAAAGCCCUCUGGGAUUCAAUCCAGAGUAUUCAGGGAGAAGUCCGUCAAGAAGAAGUGGAAUUAUUCAUGGAGUGCCUGUACAGUCACUUUCAUAGACAUUUCAAAAUCUAUCUGUCAGCCACAAGAUUGGUGAAAGUUUCUACCUCUGUAGCUUCAGUCCAUUCCACUGGAAAAAUAAAGAUUCUUCAUGCUCAACAUCUGAUAAGAGUUCUGGCACUACUGACGGAACUGGCAAUUUCAAAGAUACUGUGAUGGUGUUACACUUUUCAGCCUUAGCUAGAGACAAUAUAUCAGCACAGAGGCGGACUGUAAGCUACAUUUUCAUAUGAAAUUUUCUUUUAUUGUUGACCUAAAUUGUAUUCAGAUUUGCUAUGUAUGCAAUAUAAGGAGCCAAGCAUUUCUGUCUUUCUGUUCAGGUGUCUGCUCUUGACUAAAAACAUUUAACACCUACUUAAACAUAUCGGAGAUAAUUAAAAAACACUAUACCAUACAAAUAAAGCUAUCUCAGGCAUAAUACAACUCCUACAUCUUAAACUGUUUAGGCAUUCAACCUUGCUCAAUUAGUUCUGUUUGAACUCAGGUCAGGAGUUACUGAAUAUGACUUUACCUGUGAAUUGGAUCACUUGAUCUUUGGUGUCACGUUAAGGCUUUCAGAGGAAGUUGGGUGUCCACCGAAUCCAUUUAACUAUCCAUCAUUCACUAUCUCUUUACU